UAAUUUCUGGGUAAAUAAAGCAAUCAUUGGGGGCCUUGUGCUCUAAGCAGCAGGUUCAAUAUUGUUAUCCCGCCACACAUAGGAGACGUUCCUUCUUCUCCCAGUCACACUUUGACAAGGCAAUAGCCGUAAAGGUUAAAGUUCCUGUGUGAACAGUGAGAACACAGGAAAAUAACAUCUACCGGAUGGUGAAGGCUAAUUUCAGGACCUUUGUAAUGAUACUGUAACUUGAUUUUAGACAAAAUCUUGAAAACUGAGAUUGAUGUUUCUUGCUUUUUUGGGUUGAAGCCUUUUGGGAUUGACCGAUGGAGCAGGAGUGUUUUCUUUAUGAUGAGGGUGCGUACAGUUGUUGGUCUAAAAGGGACAUAUUCAUCUCAAGAUUAGGUCAGCUCAGUGUGAGGAAGCACUUUGAAUCUUCCGGUCCUCUGUCUUUAACCCACUUCGGCAUCCUAAACAACAGAGGGCGCUCUACUGAUAGCAAUCUGAGGGACCCAUCUCCUGGGUGAGGACCAGAUGAUCUGAGUUGUGCGCCUGGGUUUACACUUCAUUUGCUUCUUCACUUAUGUUCAGUGAACUCAUGGUGGAAUCCUGGUCCACGGGUCAAGACAGAAACUUGAUACACCCAAGAAUAAAACCAACUUAAAGAAGAAGGGUGAUGUGAACUCUUUGGAGGUGCUUUCCAAACCUCAUUCCAGAUUUAGGAUCUGAAGAUACAAAAGAAAUGGCUUUUACCACAUUUCACUUCAAAUGAUUUGAUUGAGGCUGGAUGUUUCCACUGGCCUGGUUGAGAGCUACUGUACUGGCUGAGUUCGGAGAGUUUCCUUGAUAGGAAAAAGGGCUUGCCUUUCUCAACUGGAUACAAGAAGAGGCAUGGGGGAGGUGGCUUCUCACCUGGACAGUUUUAGACGGUACAGCCUUGCUACAUGUAAGAAAUGGCUGUAGGAAACAACACUCAACGAAGUUAUUCCAUCAUCCCGUGUUUUAUAUUUGUUGAGCUUGUCAUCAUGGCUGGGACAGUGCUGCUUGCCUACUACUUCGAAUGCACUGACACUUUUCAGGUGCAUAUCCAAGGAUUCUUCUGUCAGGACGGAGACUUAAUGAAGCCUUACCCGGGGACAGAGGAGGAAAGCUUCAUCACCCCUCUGCUGCUCUACUGUGUGCUGGCGGCCACCCCAACUGCUAUUAUUUUUAUUGGUGAGAUAUCCAUGUAUUUCAUAAAGUCAACCAGAGAAUCUCUGAUUGCCCAGGAGAAAACAAUUCUGACUGGAGAAUGCUGUUACCUGAACCCCUUACUCCGAAGGAUCAUAAGAUUCAUAGGAGUAUUUGCUUUUGGGCUUUUUGCUACUGACAUUUUUGUAAACGCCGGACAAGUGGUCACGGGGCACCUGACCCCGUACUUCCUGACGGUGUGCAAGCCCAACUACACCAGUACAGACUGCCGGGCGCACCACCAGUUCAUCAACAACGGGAACAUCUGCACCGGGGACCUGGAAGUGAUAGAGAAGGCGCGCAGGUCCUUUCCCUCCAAACACGCUGCUCUGAGCAUUUACUCUGCCCUGUACGCCACAAUGUACAUCACAAGCACAAUCAAGACGAAGAGCAGCCGACUGGCCAAGCCAGUGCUGUGCCUUGGGACCCUCUGCACAGCCUUCCUGACGGGCCUCAACCGGGUCUCCGAGUAUCGGAACCACUGCUCUGACGUGAUUGCGGGCUUCAUCCUGGGCACUGCGGUAGCCCUGUUUCUGGGAAUGUGUGUGGUCCAUAACUUUAAAGGAACACAAGGAUCGCCUUCCAAACCCAAGCCCGAGGACCCCCGUGGAGUACCCCUCAUGGCUUUCCCAAGAAUAGAAAGCCCUCUGGAAACCUUAAGUGCACAGAAUCACUCUGCCUCCAUGACCGAAGUUACCUGAAACGGCUGACGUGUCACAAGCUUUUUUUUUUUUUUUUUAAUCACCCUCCAAUUCAAUACUUCAAGACACAGUUACUUGAUAUCAAACUGUGAAGACAAGUAUUAUGUUUAUCUAGUUAGAGGCUAAUGUUUUGUACAUUUUUUGUAUGAGGAAGUGAUGUAGCUUGCCCUGAUUUUUUUUUUUUUUUUUGGUCAGCUUUAAUAUAUUUAUGCCAGAAUUUUAAACAAAGUUUUCUUCUUGUUCAGGUGUGCAUUGAAGAACCACAUUUAUUCAAUGAUUGAUGUUGUUUUGUGAUAUUUGUACACAAACCUUCUUUUAUCAGUUUUAUAGACACUGAAAUGAAAUAUAAUAAUUCACUUUAAUCUUUUAUUAUCACAGUUGCUGCCUCCUCUGGAAUUUUUGAAUUUAAAAAAAAAACAACUUUUGAGUUGCAGGGAAAACAAUGUUGGUUAAUGGUAAAUCUCAAAAUCAGUUGUGUAUAAAGAAGUAUUACUUUGAAAAAGAACUUUAUAUUCUGGCUUCUUAACAUGUGAUUGCAUCCCAAGUUAAAGUAACAUAUUAAUAAGAAAAAAUCACCUAAGUUACACAAGCAAUGGCAGGAAAUUCUGGUUUUGAGGAUGUUGGUAUGAUCCUUAGAUAAUGGCCUCUCCUGGUUAAGAAAUUCAAGAUCUUUCUUUAAUCAUGCCCUUGGGCUGGCAGGUAACACUGCAGCCUUCUUUCCCAAACGACCAGCCAGUACCAGCAUACCCUGUCAACUCAGUUUUGUAUAUCAUAUUGUAUGGACUUUAUAUGAAAAUGAAUAUUUUACAGUUUGCACAGUAUUAUUUUACAGAGAGGGUAUCAGAGCAUCUACAACCUAGAGCCCCAAAGCAACAGCUUGACUUUGGGGCUUUUAAUUGUUCUAGAAUUUUAACUGCAUCUCAUUUUUCUAGCAUGGUAAUAACUAACGUGUAACUUCCCUGAGAGCAGGAGCUCCCUUGUCUGUAUCUAUCAGAAUGUUUUCUCAACACUUCCAUGUUGGUUCUUCUUAGCUUUUUUUGUACAUAUUUUUUUUUCUAAAGAAAAAAGUUAUUCACAAAAUGAA